AAACGCUGAAGAGAAAUCUCAAGUGAAUGAAAUAUACAAUACAAAAAGAUACAAUGUUGUUUAUGUAUUAGGUGACCGGGGACGUUGCACUGUGAUUUGAUUUUAUCCCACACAUCAUGGUUCCCUGCUGAAAACUGUUAGUCAAGGUGGUUAUUUACACUAAUAAUACACAGGGCAGUUUAUGUCCAAUAAGAAGGUAAAAAAAAACACUGAAGCUGGAGUAAAAAUGCUGAUACUGUAGAGCGUCAUUACGUCCUCCAUAUGACAUUAUGCCGUUGCUGCUGGUCAAAAUGUGUAAAAUAAUAUCAAUUCUGAAGAGAAGAAGUUUAAUAUCAUCACAAGGAAAUUACAACAUAUUAUCCAUCCAUUUUUCCCACACCACGAGUUAAUAGGAUCCAAUAGACAAAUACACGCCACGUAGCAUAUUGGCCUCCACUAUCAAAAUUAGAUCUGUGAGUAAAUAUGUGUUGUGAAAAAUAUCUUAAUUUCGAGAGGCAACUGUUGGUGGUGAAGGCGUGACGUCCAAAUGUUUUGCAUAUUUUCGCGUGAGUUUUGUGAAAAGGAAAUGCGACCUCUUCCUAUUUCCAUUUGUUGUUAUAUUACUGAGGAGAGUGCGGCAUGAGAGGUCAUCAGAAAGUGUCUCUCUCUACCAACAGAACUAGACUCCACUGACAGAUCGACACCUGAUGGUGGUCAGAUUCCUGAUUUCUGUUCCGUACGUGACGUCUAAGCAGCACUAUCUGAAACCCUCCACCCCCUUAUUGUGUGAUGAAGGGGGGCAGAGGUUUGACUGUAUCGCUCGACAGUUCCCCUGUCACCAGCGUGCGAGCAGGAAGUGCGUCUUGGGGAGCCUCUCACGUCUGUCAUCAAUGCUGCUUUCAUUCUCCUGCUGUGGAGCAAGAUGGAAGUUGUACAAAAGGAUCCCUGGUACUUCAUGGUUCUCAUCGUCCUCUCAGUGCUGAAAGGUUCUUCUUCUUCUUCUUUGGUGAAAGAAAACACAGUCGUCCGUCUGGAGGAAGGGAUGGUUCUGGACUGUACAUGCCCUUGGAAGGGAAACCUCACCAUGGUGAUCUGGAACAAAGAGCCGAAGGAGGCAAUCGCUGUUUACCACCCGGAAUUUGGGGCUUCGCUGAAGGGUCAUUACAAAGAUCGGGUGACCUUUCUUAGGACCACGCUCAUGGAUGGAAGCAUUUCCUUGACAAACGUGACGCACCGGGACAUUGGCUCCUACAUGUGCUCUAUUCAGACCUUCCCGAAUGGGCCUUGGAGGAAGACCAUUGAGGUGGAGGAUUUAGAUGAGCCUCCCGAAGUAGAUAAUGAAGAUGGCGACAAUGAUGUUGAGGAGGUCCGUGAGGAGAAACAAGAGCAGGCUACAGAGUGGCCCGGAGCCGAAGAGGCUCAAGAAGACGUUGAGAUGGAAGCAGAGUUGGGCGGCAACCUGACCCUCCAGUGCGACCAGCAGCACAACCACAGCAUCAGCCAGGUCGUCUUGGAGAGGAAGCUGAGCGGCCAGUGGAAGAUCAUCGGCGUUUGCAAGAGCGUGGACGAUCGCAUGGUGACGGAAGACUACAGCGAGCGCGGUCAGGUGGUCUGCACUCAGCACCUGGACGUCCGUCUCCACCUGACAGGUGUCGCCUCGGAAGAUGGCGGCUUUUACCGCUGCAUCUCCAGCACAGCGGCGGGCCUGAAAUCCACCACUCUCCACGUGACUGUGGCCACCACAGGUGGGUUCAGCUUGAAGCUCUACCUGAUGUAUGUCUAUAUUGGAGUCGGCGUCGCCGCACUGGUGUUGCUCAACGUCAUCAUCAUACUGACAAUCAGGCACAAGAAGAAGAAUCGGAGAGAAGAGUACCGAGUCAAAGAGCACCCAUUUCAGAAACAGCCAAACUUGUAUGAGAAUUUUAUGAUCGUGCCACCUGCGCCGCGGACGUCCAAGCACAGCAAAAAGUCUCCCAUAUAUGCAAACAUAAAAACAGUUCGAGCCUCAAAAUAAACCAUUUUUGUGAGUAUAUAUAGUCAAAGUGUGUCUUGAAAAUACACGUGUAUCAGAGUGUGGAUUUAUGGUGCCUCUGCUAAUGAAAUGUUCUGCAUAAUUCCUGUUGAGGAAAUAUGUGUUUGGGCACAAUACGCCGAUCCUCCCCGUGAAGCCCUUCCGCUAAAGCCGCCGACAAAAGCCUUUGUGUAAUUGCUCAGCUUUCACUUUCAUCCCCCCUUGUUUGCAUUGAAACGGCAACAAUGGCCUCUAAUCUUCUGAGGGAAGAGCAAAAGCAGAAGCAUCACUUGAGACGUCUGUGUUCCCCGAACAGCUCCGUCCCAAAGAUCACUGCCGCCCUGUUGCUGCUUUGUGAUGACUCAGCGUCCUCCAUGUUUUUUUCUUAACAUUCACCCGCAUCAUCCGACAUCAAUUCAUUGUUCGCCAGUGCUUUCACCGCUCGCUAACAUCAUGACACCUCGGCGCACAAAUCUUAACACAAUAAAGAUGCACUGUGGGAAAAAUCACAAGUGGGUUGUUGUUGCUUCCAUAGAACUGGCGCGAGUGGCAAAGAGUGAUGGAUUCUCGCUGAAGGGAAACACACAUGGAUUACGUACAGCAUUGUUGAUCCCCAUAGUUUUUGGUUUAAAUCCAGGUUAAUGUGAUGUAUAUUGUCCGGAUA